AUGAAUCGAAACUUUAGUUCUAGGUCUGGGUUCCGGAGCGGAGGGGGCUUCAGCUCUGGCUCUGCCGGAGUGUUCGGCUUCCAACGCAAGACCACUAGCAGCUCUGUGCGCCACGGCGGGGGAGGUGGUGGGAGAUUUUCAGGGGGAAGAUGUGGAGGUGGUGGUGGUGGCGGUGGUUUUGGAAGUCGAAGCCUUGUCAACCUUGGUGGCAGUAAGAGUAUCUCCAUAAGCGUGGCCAGAGGAGGUGGACGUGGUGGUUUUGGUGGUGGUUAUGGUGGUGGUGGCUUUGGGGGUGGUGGUUUUGGUGGCGGCGGCUAUGGAGGUUUUGGCAGUGGAGGUGGUUUUGGUGGAGGUGGUUUUGGUGGAGGUGGUUUUGGUGGAGGCGGUUUUGGUGGAGGCGGUUUUGGUGGAGGCAGUUUUGGGCCUGUCUGCCCCCCUGGUGGCAUACAGGAAGUCACCAUCAACCAGAGCCUUCUGCAACCCCUUAAUGUGGAGAUUGACCCUGAGAUCCAAAAAGUAAAGACUCAAGAAAGGGAGCAAAUCAAGUCGCUGAACAACCAAUUUGCCUCCUUCAUUGACAAGGUGCGGUUCUUGGAGCAGCAGAACCAGGUGCUGCAAACAAAAUGGGAGCUGCUGCAGCAGGUAGACACCUCCACUCGGACCCACAGCUUAGAACCCUACUUUGAGUCCUACAUCAACAAUCUUAGAAGGAGAGUGGACCAACUGAAGAAUGACCAGUCUAGGAUGGAUUCGGAAUUGAAGAACAUGCAAGACCUGGUGGAAGAUUACCGGCACAAGUAUGAGGACGAGAUCAACAAGCGGACAAAUGCAGAAAAUGAAUUUGUUACCAUCAAGAAGGAUGUGGAUGCUGCUUAUAUGACUAAGGUGGACCUUCAGGCCAAAGUUGACAACUUGCAGCAGGAAAUUGAUUUCCUCACAGUGCUCUACCAGGCAGAGCUGUCCCAGAUGCAGACUCAAAUCAGCGAAACCAAUGUCAUCCUGUCCAUGGACAAUAACCGCAGCCUGGACCUGGACAGCAUCAUCGCUGAGGUCAAAGCUCAGUAUGAGGAGAUUGCCCAGAAGAGCAAGGCUGAGGCUGAGGCGCUGUACCAGACCAAGUAUGAAGAGCUCCAGAUAACUGCUGGCAAGCAUGGGGACAAUCUGAAAAGUACAAAGAUGGAGAUUUCAGAGCUGAAUCGGGUGGCCCAGAGACUGCGAUCUGAAAUUGAUAGUGUCAAGAAGCAGAUCUCCACGCUGCAGCAGUCCAUCAGUGAUGCCGAGCAGCGUGGUGAGAAUGCCCUCAAAGAUGCCCAGGGCAAGCUGGCCGAGCUAGAGGACGCCCUGCAGAAGGCCAAGGAGGACAUGGCCCGCCUGCUGCGUGACUACCAGGAGCUGAUGAACACCAAACUGGCCUUGGACAUGGAGAUCGCCACCUACAGAACCCUUCUGGAAGGAGAGGAAAGCAGGAUGUCUGGAGAGUGUACCCCGAACGUGAGCGUGUCUGUGAACACCAGCCACACCACCAUCAGUGGAGGUGGUGGCCGAGGAGGCGGGGGUUUCGGUUCCGGAGGCGGCGGCAGCGGCGGCGGCUAUGGUUCUGGAGGCGGCAGUUACGGCUCCGGAGGUGGGGGCAGUGGCGGCUACGGCUCUGGAGGUGGCGGUGGCGGCGGCUACGGCUCCGGUAGCAGCAGUGGGGGCCACAGAGGCGGCUCUGGAGGGGGCAGCUGGGGUUCUGGAGGGAGCUCCGGAGGCCGGGGAUCCAGCUCUGGGGGUACCAAAACCUCUAGUGGCAGUUCCAGCGUGAAGUUUGCUUCCACCAGCUAUUCCAGAGCAGUCAGAUAA